AUGACGUUACCUCGAUGUAUAAUCAUUCUUGACCGAAGACCUAUUUCCCAUCGUCUUCACGAUGAAGCCCCUCGCCCCGUCCUCCUCUAUAUCGAUACAUCUCCUCAGCUUUCCUCGACUGAGAACAACUCAUUAGGAUGUCUCUUAUCAUCUCAGAAUUACCCCGUAUCGACGACCAUCCUCUUUGGUAGCCCAUGUUCGAGAGAUACAACGUUUAAGAUUCGACACUUCUAUGAAAAUAUAAUCUUGUACAAGUUUGAAUAA